AUGACAACGACUCCAACCCUUGUUAUGGAAAGGAUGCUCUCUAUGCCUCCUUUGUACAUACAUCUAGAGGUGCAAGCUAAAGCUUCUCUCAUCAGAUUGCUGGCAACCAGCAAUAUUAGGGUAAGGAAUUUGGAUAAUGUCCUAAUCAAUGAGAUUAACAGCAAUCCAAUCCUUUCAAUGGUGUCAGACAAGAUGACACCAUCCUAUAGAAUUGACAAACCAUUCAAUGUUCUUAAUGCAGAAGAUGGGUCAAAAAUGGAUGACUUGUCGGGUGCAGGCGUGUUUGGACUCCGGCCUAAAUUCAAGCUGCACAUACCAAUGGAUAAAUAUGCCACAGAAUUUCAAGCUGAAAUAACAGCUAUCUGGGCAUGUAUACUGGAAAAUUUACGGAGACAAUAUCAGGGUCAACGUAUCUAUAUUUUAUCAGACAGUCAAGCCUCAUUGUUAGCUCUAAAGUCUGAUAAAAUAACAUCAAAACUCGUCUUGGGCUGCUUGGAGUCUCUCAUGACUUUGGGCUCUAGCAAUAGAAUCACACUUGUGUGGGUACCGGGGCACAUGGGGAUUCCUGGUAAUGAAGCCGCUGACGAGCUUGCAAGGAAAGGGUCAAACUCUCCUUUUAUUGGACCAGAACCUUUCUGUGGCAUCUCAGACGCCACAAUCAAGAAAGAAAUCCAUACAUGGACUCUGGCCAGGGAAGCCGAACACUGGAAUAACAGUACAGGGCUCAGACAGGCCAAGUUGUUCCUAAUAGAAUGCUCCGAGUCACAAACUCGGGAGGUCUAUAAGCUGAGUAGGAAAAAACUCAGAGAAUAUACAGGGCUAAUGACAGGGCACUGCCAUCUACGAAAGCAUCUGUACAAUAUCAAAGUUUCACAGGAAUACCUCUGUAGAUUCUGUGGAAUGGAAGAUGAAACGCCUGUACACAUCUUAUGCUAUUGCGAAGCAGUAAUGUGCAGAAGGCGUGUACUUCUAGACUCAUAUGUGCUUGAGCCACAUGAGAUCUGGAAAAUUAAGCCGGAAAAGAUUCUAUAG